UCACACAGAGAGGAGGUGCGGGUUUGCCACGUCGGUCUCUGUGCAACGCAUUUACACUGUUGCUCCUCCAGCCCAGGGCUAACUUUGAAAGCCGUUUUAAAAAAAAAAAAAAUUAUUAUUAUUUUUUAAUGUUUUCAGCCGGAGUGAAAGCGACCCUCCAGCAUCGUCGGUGCCGUCUUAGCUCGCCAGCACAUUUAAUGCAACCGGGGAACAUUGAAGCUGGAAGGCGGAGAAAUGCUCGGUGCUGUCUGGAGACACACAACUGACUGAUGCAUCCUCGCUCAGUUCACCCCCCCGUAUGUUGUCCAUGUUGUUGGCCUCGGUGUAUAUGGUGGCUCAUUGAGGAGAAAGGGAGGAGUCCCAGCAGCUGUUGGUUGGUGGGCAGCAUCCGUGGUUGCCACGGUAACUGGCGACCAUGCCAGGGGGUCGCAGGGGUCCCAGCAGACAGCAGCUAAGUCGCUCUGCUCUGCCGUCCCUGCAGACUCUGGUAGGAGGCAACCUCGGCAAUGGUACAGGCCUCAGGAACAGGAGCAGUAACUCAGUGGGUCUGUCCGCCCCGCCUCUCUCGGCCCUCAUUACUCCGGAGCCGGUCCGUCACUCAAGGAUCCCUGAGCUGCCGUUGGACAGCAGCCUGCUGUUUGAGUUCCUGCUCUUUCUUUAUUUGCUGGUGGCCUUGUUUGUCCAGUACAUAAACAUCUACAGGACGGUCUGGUGGUACCCAUACAGCCACCCUGCUGCCUCUACCUCGCUUAACUUUCAUCUAAUGGACUACCACCUGGCUAUCUUUAUCACAGUCAUGUUGGCCAGGAGGCUCGUUUGGACUAUAGUUUCAGAGGUGUCUCAGAGCAGCGGGAGAUCGCUGGUCCGCUAUGUGGUUCUAAUCGCAGCAAGACUGAGCCUGCUCACCAUGUGUGGCUGGGUGCUCUGCUGGACGUUGGUCAACCUCUGCAAGAACCACUCUGUACUCAACCUCCUGUUCCUGGGAUACCCAUUUGGCGUGUACGUCCCGCUCUGCUGUUUCCACCAGGAAGGGGGGAAGAGCCAAACGGCACCGGCUGACUGCGAUUACCCAGCCGACCACCAGCAGACCGAUCUAACAGAGACCCCGUUCUUUCGACCACGUGACUUCCUCUUCCUGUUAAGAGAGAAUCUCAGAGAGCAGUUUUCCAGUGCCCCGCACAUGCCCACCCACACCUGCCCACCUCACACACACACUCACACACCAGAGCUGAUACGAGCGGAGGUGGAGGAGCUGAAGAGCGACUUCAAUCGACGCAUCAAGGAAGUGCUGUUUAACUCACUGUUCAGUGCUUACUACGUAGCCUUCUUGCCUCUCUGCUUCGUAAAGAGUACCCAGUACUAUGACAUGCGCUGGUCAUGUGAGCAUCUGAUCAUGGUGUGGAUCAAUGCGUUCGUGAUGCUGAUGAGCCAGCUGCUGCCCCCCAGCUACUGUGACCUGCUCCAUCGCUCGGCAGCUCACCUGGGCCGCUGGCAGAAACUGGAGCACGGCUCAUACAGCAACGCACCACAGCAUGUGUGGUCAGAAAGUACCAUUUGGCCUCAGGGGGUGUUGGUACGACACAGUCGAUGUCUGUAUAAGGCAGUUGGACCCUAUAAUGUCGCACUGCCCUCUGAUGUUUCGCAUGCAAGGUUUUAUUUCCUGUUCCACAAGCCAUUGCGGAUCCUGAACCUGCUGAUCUGGAUCGAGUCCAGUGUGGUUCUGUACCAGUUAUACUCUCUGCUGCGCUCUGAGCGCUGGAACCACACUCUCUCUCUGGGCCUUAUUCUCUUCUGCAACUACUAUGUCCUUUUUAAACUGCUCCGAGACCGCAUUGUGCUGGGCAAAGCCUACUCCUACCCCGUGUCCUCCAAUAGUUUGGGGCUUAAGUCGCAGUAAAGGUUCUACACAACGAGACCUCACCUAUGAACUCUGAAUGUGAAGGGGAGAUGGGUGGAGGUCUGGUAAAGUGGAAGACCAGCAGGUUGUUUAGCGCUCACGCUUGGAGGUUAAGAGACAGACUAUGAACUCAUAAUCGUGUUUUGAUACGGUUCUAUUUUUAAUGCAAUGUUUAUAUAUACCUAUUUAAAAGAAUAUUUUUAUUUUGUAUACUAUUUCGAGUUACGCCGGGCAUUACCACGCUGACGGCAUUAGCAUGUUGUGUUAUGUUGUUGCUAGGCGACAGGAAAGUUAGGGAAUGCCAGGAGGUGACUUUCACCAAAGAUAUUAUAAGUGCAUGUGGCCAAUCACAGAGCAGACUUGGCCUCUGACAGUCAGUUAAACACAAAGUGAUUCAGUGGAAGGAGUUGUGUCUGAGAUCCUGAACCCUGAUUGGCCUGUGUUCUACUUCAGUCCUGAGUCUCUUGAAGCUCAAAUCAGAAACCAGUGAAAAAGAUUCAGCUGUUUGAGGUAGAAAGGCAAUCUGAACAUUUCAGCAUUUCUGUAGCAAGACAGUUCCCACUGCUCUUAACAACUUCAGUAUGUUGUUUUCAUCAAUGAUUUUAAAGCAAAACACAUUUUGCACACAUUUGGUGUAGAGUUAGAUAAGAUAGAUACCACUCUCAUAUCUGUCCAUCAAAUAUAAAGCUACAACCAGCAACUGGUUAGCACAACACAAAGUUGAAUAAAAUUCUCCUUCAAACUGACUUGAGGUCAGUCUGUAGGAAAAACACCUUAGGUACUCCCAUCCCCUGCCUCUGCAGAGAAUUCUGUAUUCUUCCUCAUUCUCUUUGUUACUCUGUUGACAGUUACAGCAUUAGUCUUUACAAACUUACAAGUGAGAAGGGGUUGGCUGGAAGGCCUGCUGUUGGUAUCCAUAAACUCAAAGCACACCCAAAAAUGUCAAAAAAAACAACUCUGGGUGUUUUUACCUUGUCAUACAACCCUGCCCACCCCAGCUGUGGAUACAUAAAAAGUAAUGUUUGAAGGGCUGGUGCUGUAGCUGCUGUGAUGUCUGACCAUACUUUGACAUGCUGAAAUCUUCUUGCCAUGAUAUAGCGUAAGACUCAUUUGUGUUCCUAAAGGUCAUCCAGUCAGUGUUUAUUUUAUUGCCUUUUUGGUUCCUGAAUGCUUAAACCAUAAUGGGAAUUGAGGACCAUAUCACAUCAGGUUCAUCUUUUUGUGGACUGGAUGCAGAUAACAGAACGAAUGUGGCUAAUAAAGUUUUCUGUUGGUACGUCCCAGGACCUAACCUUUCUCCCAUUGCAAAUAUGUUAUUUUCAACAUGCCCUCAUAUGGAUGUGACAGCAAAGGAUGUUUAAUAUUAUUGUUCUCAUGGGUGAUGAAUGCUAAAUCAAAGGGUGAAGACAGGUGGAGGGGAAAACUGUAUGUAUCACCUCAUUACCAGUUCAGGUAUUACCAGAAUGGUGUUACAAACAGGUUGCCUCGCAUGUUGUUGCCUUUUUGUUUAGUCACAUUUGGUGCGCAUCCUCUUAGUGGUUUCCUCUGAAUUGUGCCUCCUCUCCUACACUAUCUGAUCUGCAGUGCAUAACUUUGGGCAAUAUUAAGGAUUAGUGGCAGGGCCCGAUUAAUGGUCCAGCAUCCAGAUAGAAAUUAAUACAUGUUCAAUAGAAGAGUUUUGGGGAGUUUUUUGUCAGGAGGUGAAAUAUAAUUUGAAAAUCUGAAAAUCAAUGUCUCCUGUGCUGUUCAGAAUUUUACACUGAAUGCUUCAGUCAAGUUUCAGGUGGAGUGUAGAUGAGGUGGAGGAAACUACUUCUGUGAUGAACCAGUGUGUACAUCUGGAUCACCGGUGCUGCUCUGUGCCUCGGCUGAAAUGUGAGGAAUCUUGAACUCUUGUAAUCCUUAUUCAGAUGUGUCUGCAAACCCAGCCCUUAAAUCAGCUCUUUGGUGCUUAUGUUCUGUUCGCUCACAGUUGGUCAUUUUCCACUUGAAUGUAGCAACAUUUUUUUUCAAGUGACUUGAAUUGACAUGUUUUUGUAAUCGGUAGCACUGGCCUUCAGUUGAGCACCAUCACUGAAAUAUUAAUUUCAAUGGGUAUCACUUUUAACUUGCCCUAAUCUCAUUAACAUGGGAAGGAAAUAUUUUAUUGUUUGCUGCUGCUGUGUCAGUUGUUACUUGAAUGUCUUUGCUCAAAUAACUCAGUCUGCCUGCUUUCGUUGGUUUGGUGAAACCUACAAGAUCACCCCUAAAGAACAGAAGUGAGGAAUUAAAUUUAGGAAGAUUUUAGAUUCAUCAACUCUUUUUCACCUCAUUUCCCUGAAGUGUACUCGAACCUCCCCUAGCCUACAUGAAAGACAGAAUGAAAGUAAAAUCGACGCCGAUGAUAUCAAUCUGUGUCCCAUUUAUUAUAAAAGUCAUAUUGAGUUGCAGGAUUUGUUUUCUAUGUGCCAUAUCCCAGGAUGCGGUUGUGGUGUCCUGGUUGAACCUGUGGUGGGAUGUGUCAGUGCUGGAGAAGACAUAGGAGCUGGUCCUCAUAUUUCGGCUUUUUACAGUAUUCAUUUUCCCCACAGCAUUUCUGAAAAUGCUUUUUGACAUCUGAAAUAAAACAUGGUGUUUAAACCAA